AUGGAUGAGUGGAUGAUGUUGGGGGGAGGUUCACCGCUUGAUGCGUGUGUGCUGGUGUUGGAUUUGCCAACUAAGGUAGCCUUCCUGUACUGGGACGAGGGGGGGUUUGCGGAACCCGGAUAUUUUCGAAUCUGA